AUGGCUUUGCUUGCGGACAUACCAUAUGACAUUCUUCAGAAUAUCUUUGAACUACUGGACAAGGAUACCCUGCUGGAUGCGGCUCUCGCUAGUCAAAAGCUCAAUGAGCUAGCUUCCUGCUGGGACAACGGUUCAUUGGUCUAUUUAGCAUCUACUAUAUCGCUGUCAGAAUUCCUCUCUUUUAUAGAGGAGAUUAAACUUUUCACAAACACGAGGUCUAUGGAAAUCAUCGGAGGGUUCAUUCCGAGAGAACUAGCUCUUCUUUUACCUGCAAUACUUGCACUUCCUCACUUGAAUACGCUUGUACUAUUUGACGCACCCGAAGUUCUUAAAUAUCUAGACUAUGAUUCAGCUCGACACCUCACCAUCCAUACGUCUCUAUAUGCUCUCAACACCGUGGAAUCUUCUCCAUUCACUUAUUCUACUGCUAUACUUUCUUUUGGCUGGGGGUGGUCUGGUUCUGAUGUUAUGCUGUUACGGAAUAAUCACGCGGCUUUCACCUCUUUGCACACAAUAAUAUUGACACAUGACAAUCCCAUUGACCCUGGUUCAAUUUGUGAACUUGUAUCGCCAUUAAAGCGGCUUCAGAGACUUGAGUUUGUGUGUCCCCCCCAUGACGAGAAGGGCUUUAUGCUCUCCUGUCGAGUUGACACGUCUGAAAGACCUCCGGAUACAUUUCAAAUCCAUCAACUCGCGAGUUUUCUCAGAGAGACUGGAGCUCCUUUCGGUAUCAGAGGAACGGAAUUCUUCAAGCUUAUCCUCAAUGGUCAUGUUGAAACUCUCCGAACACUUAAAAUACCAAGUAUUCAUCCAUCCAAAUCUACAUUGCAGCAACUAGUGACCAAAAGUACGCGCCUAUCAACACUUUGGAUAGGAGGUGGUCAGCACAUCAUGACAUGUCUCUAUGAUCUUUUGCCAUUAUCUGCGUCCUUGGUCACCCUCCGAAUCCAUCUCUGGGAAAGCUACUAUUUCCCCCAAGAGCGAUCCUUACUGCAUCAGAAUGUUUCCAGCCUUCAACAAUCAGUUGAGUCCGUUUGGACAAAUGGAAAAAACUACGUGGAAGGUAUAGUGACCCAUAGAUUCUAUCAACCAUCUAACCAAUUCCUCAAGGUAUUGUGGGCGUAUAACGAACAAGAAGGCCGCGCAGUCCGCCAGAUAGUAUCCAAAUCAUCAUCCGAUGAAUCUCGUAGGGUAGAGGUGACGAACUGGGUGAACUCACGCAUCCUCCUCCGAGAAGAUGAGUAUAGACGCGGCGAGGGCUAUUGGUAUUCGAGAGCGCGAUGGGGCUAUAUGGCAACUUGGAUAGCUAAUUUUGGCUCAGAAUCCUCUUCCGACUCGGACACCCAGAAAAAUGGCCAUCAGCCUGUACUGUCCACGGAGGCAAAUAAGGAAAUAAAGGAGUGGCCGGAAGCCGAUGACAUGUCCGCCUUCUUGAAUCAAUGA